CAAACAUACCACUCCGACCACAUCGACGAUGGGCCAUUCCAGAGAUUUCGAAUACUACUGGAGAUGCCUCUAUCAAUUUCUCGCGUCGUCUGGCUACAGAUUGCGUCCUAAAUUUGCACCCAACUACGUUCAGCCUCUCUCUGUUCCAGACACGAUAUUCGGGGAUGAAGCGAAGCCGGUCCACGAUAGAAAAGAAAUCAUGGAUGCAGAACGAAUACACGACGGGAAGCCAGUCAUCCUGAAGUCUGUGUCGAGAUCGGUGCACAAAACAGAGGUGAAGAUUGGGACCCUCUUCUCCAGCAGUCCGCUGGCUGAAGAUCCUCGUAACCACUGCAUCCCUAUUCUCGAUGUCCUUCGUGACCCAUGGGACAGCGACAAGGAGAUCAUCGUCAUGCCUCGCAUGGUUUCUGCGUUUGAGUUCGUGACCUUUCGGACGGUGGGAGAGGUCGUAGACUGCUUCAGGCAGAUACUCGAAGGUGUGAAAUUCAUGCACGAGAACUUUGUCGCUCACCGGGAUUGUGUUUUUCUAAACUUCGUUGUGGAUCCCACGAAGCUGUUCCCCGGGGGGACACAUCCGGUGCACACAAUUAUGAAUCCGGAAUUCACGAAACUAUCAACUGCCGUUUCCCGAACAAGUUGCUGGCCCCGUUACUACAUCAUCGACUUCGGCUGGUCUGUGCGAUACGAUCCGAAGGACGGUCUGGUCUCUGAAACUGUCGUUUUGGGUGGAGAUCGAAGUCCGCCUGAGCACCGAAUAUAUGGGCGACCAUGCAAUCCAUUCCCCACUGACGUGUACACCAUCGGAAACAUUCUGCGGACCCGGUUCCUUAUGUCUGAUUGGGGCGAGUACUCGCAUGCUCCCCUGCGGUUCUUGCAACCACUUCUCGAGAAGAUGACGCAAGACGAGCCAUCCGCAAGACCCACCAUCGGCGAAGCCCUCGCUCAGUUUGAUUUCCUGUGCGCACGACUGACCAAAUCCCAGCUUCGUGCACCAGGUGCUCCGCCCGAGGAUCCGCUUUCCAACUGCGUACAUUCCAUCUUUCAGUUCAAGAAUCGGAUCACGUUUGUCAAGCCACUUUCUCCGAAUUUGACUGCCAUGUAUGCGAAGCUUCGCAAAACGAAUCGGCAUCCUCCCACUGAGCCCUGGCCAGCAAAUGCUGAGCUGCGGGCUUUCUUCACACAGACUCGUCCUACCUAAGUAUCGUUUGCUUUGUAUUUGCUUUCCAUCUGCUCUUUCCUUGUUGCUGUAUCCCCCGUGUAUCAUGAUGUAACACAUUGAAUUGUCACAGGUUGCCGCCUCCUAAUUCGGAUGGAAGCCCAACAUUUGUUUUUGAUGAUCGUGCUCUGCUCCUUGUCACACUUGGACAUCUUUCCGUCGCGGAGUUCUGAACGCUGCCAGCUAAUUUCAGAGGGCACCCCUCGUUGAGUCACGGGUGAGGCUCGUCAUUCACGAUUCGAGGAGAUCCUCAUCACGCGCUGUUCUGAAACACGCGGUCGGGCGAUUUGUACUCAACUGUUAGUUCUCGAUGCCAACAACUCUCCGACGGGAACAAAUGGCUCGCUAGUGCUCCUACGAUAUGCUUCUCGAAGGACCUCUCUGUAGCUGGUCCCAAGCCUCUGUUCUACGUGUCUGGCUGGGACCGGCCCGGGAAUGUGGGUCCGUGUAGGUUUUGAUGGCGCGUGCCAGACAGGUCACGAACCACUUUCCGUUCGAGCAUUCUGACUCGGACACUGAUAUCUACUGACUUGCAAAGCAUAUCUGAAGGAGACUCCGCCGUGAUUGCUGCAGAAUACCGCGUGUAUGAUCUUCUGGCGCUGUCAGUCCAUGCGUUCGAGUUGCAAGCGUUGUUGGGACGAAAUGAACCCGGUGUCUGUGUUCCGAGUCAUUGUCUGUGUAAACACUUCCAAGAACCUCACCCAUAACGUCUUCACAGUCUGACUCAAUUACUGGAUACGGCUUAACGAGCUCACACACAACACGCAUCUGCCUGUCUGCAAAACUUCAGCAACUGAUGACCUCGUGUUUUUGGAGCUUAUCUGAGUGAUGAUCCGCUCCAAAUGCCUUGUAAAGGAUCAUCGUUGACGAAACUCUUCCCUUUGACGCGGGGAGCUUCGUUGAGAUGCAGAUGUCCUCAUGGGAAACCCUGCGGAAAG